GCCUUCCUGCCCGCCCAGAGUUCGGAGGCUGCCGCCGCGGAAGCGUUCCGUCUCGCUCCGGAGGCCCCCAAGCGUGGAGCUGCGAAGCCAUCGUUAGCGUCUGGCGCUUCUGAGCUCUGGUGGGCGAGGAUCUGCGUGUUUCCUCCAGCGGGGGAGGACGCACGGCGGAGGCGGAGGCCGAGGCAGUUUCGGGCCCUAGGCCGGGCCGCCGGGGACGGGGGAGACGCGCCCAGCAUUCGCCAUCCGGGGCGCGUGCGGUCCUCUUGGGACCUCGCCGGCGACCCGUAGCUCGGGCACGCGCCUGUCGCAGCCCGCAGGAAGGAGGGGGUCCGGCCUGAGGCCCCGGGCGGCGGCCGCCAUGGAGAUCGCCUCGGCCCAGGGCCGGCGCAUGGGGCCUCGGGGGCGGCCCUGACCGCUGUCCUCCCUGCCCGGGUCGGGUCGCGGACGUGCCCCCUGCGGCAUUCGGCCACCUCUGCGUCUCCGCCCUCCCCGGGCCGCGCUGCUGCCUGGGCGCGGCGGCGGCGACGGCGCCCUGUUGAAUGGGCUGUGAGGGCCCAGGUUGGAAGCGCUGGCGAACGCGGCCUCCGGGGGCGCAAGGCAGCAGCAGCGGUGGCGACCAAACGGGUGUUGGAGUUGGCGGCGGCCAUGGAGGGCCUGGCUGGCUAUGUAUACAAGGCGGCCAGCGAGGGCAAGGUGCUGACCCUGGCCGCCUUGCUUCUCAACCGGUCUGAAAGCGACAUCCGCUAUCUGCUGGGCUAUGUCAGCCAGCAGGGAGGGCAGCGCUCCACGCCCCUCAUCAUCGCAGCCCGCAAUGGGCACGCCAAGGUGGUGCGUUUGCUGUUAGAACAUUACCGGGUGCAGACUCAGCAGACUGGCACCGUCCGCUUCGACGGGUAUGUCAUUGACGGUGCCACCGCUCUUUGGUGUGCAGCAGGAGCCGGACAUUUUGAAGUUGUUAAACUUCUAGUCAGCCAUGGAGCCAACGUGAACCACACCACAGUGACUAACUCGACCCCGCUGCGGGCAGCGUGCUUUGAUGGCAGACUGGACAUUGUGAAAUACUUGGUUGAAAAUAAUGCCAACAUCAGCAUCGCCAACAAGUACGACAACACCUGCCUGAUGAUUGCAGCAUAUAAGGGACACACGGACGUGGUCAGGUACCUUUUAGAGCAGCGUGCUGAUCCCAACGCUAAAGCACAUUGUGGAGCCACAGCGCUGCACUUCGCAGCUGAAGCCGGGCACAUAGAUAUCGUGAAGGAGCUGAUAAAAUGGCGUGCUGCUAUAGUAGUGAACGGCCACGGGAUGACACCCUUAAAAGUAGCUGCCGAAAGCUGUAAAGCUGAUGUCGUCGAACUGUUGCUCUCUCAUGCUGAUUGUGACCGAAGAAGUCGGAUUGAAGCUUUGGAACUCUUGGGUGCCUCCUUUGCAAAUGACCGUGAGAACUAUGACAUCAUGAAGACGUACCACUAUUUAUAUUUAGCCAUGCUGGAGAGGUUUCAGGAUGGUGAUAACAUUCUGGAGAAAGAGGUUCUCCCACCGAUCCACGCUUACGGGAAUAGAACUGAAUGUAGAAAUCCUCAGGAACUGGAAUCCAUUCGGCAAGACAGAGAUGCUCUUCAUAUGGAAGGCCUUAUAGUUCGGGAACGGAUUUUAGGUGCUGACAAUAUUGAUGUUUCCCAUCCCAUCAUUUACAGGGGAGCUGUUUAUGCAGAUAACAUGGAAUUCGAACAGUGUAUCAAGUUGUGGCUGCAUGCCCUGCACCUGAGACAGAAAGGGAACAGGAAUACCCACAAGGAUCUUCUUCGAUUUGCUCAAGUUUUUUCACAGAUGAUACAUUUGAAUGAAACUGUGAAGGCCCCAGACAUAGAAUGUGUUUUGAGAUGCAGUGUUUUGGAAAUAGAGCAGAGUAUGAACAGAGUAAAAAAUAUUCCAGAUGCUGAUGUCCACAAUGCUAUGGACAAUUAUGAAUGUAAUCUCUAUACUUUUCUGUAUUUAGUAUGCAUCUCCACCAAAACACAGUGCAGUGAAGAAGAUCAGUGCAAAAUUAAUAAGCAGAUCUACAACCUGAUUCACCUUGAUCCCAGAACUCGGGAAGGUUUCACCUUGUUGCAUCUAGCCGUCAACUCGAAUACCCCGGUUGAUGAUUUCCACACCAAUGAUGUCUGCAGCUUUCCCAAUGCACUCGUCACAAAGCUGCUGCUGGACUGUGGUGCUGAGGUGAAUGCUGUAGACAAUGAGGGGAACAGUGCCCUCCACAUUAUCGUUCAGUACAACAGGCCCAUCAGUGAUUUUUUAACCUUGCACUCUAUCAUCAUUAGCCUGGUUGAAGCUGGCGCUCACACUGACAUGACAAAUAAACAGAAUAAGACUCCGCUAGACAAAAGUACCACUGGGGUAUCUGAAAUACUACUUAAAACUCAAAUGAAGAUGAGUCUCAAGUGCCUGGCUGCCCGAGCAGUUCGGGCUAAUGACAUUAACUACCAAGACCAGAUCCCCAGAACUCUUGAAGAGUUUGUUGGAUUUCAUUAAGUGACUGGAUAUGUAAAAUCGUUUAAUGUGGUGCUAAAAAGUAAAGGACUUUAAUCACA